UGGGUGGAGAGGUGCUCGCACAAGCCGGGAGCCUUGCGGACCACCACAAAGGCGAUGGUCAUGAAGAAGGAGGUGAUAUAGUAAGGUCUCAGCAGCCAUUUGUAAAUCUGUGGCAGGUGGUACAAGAAAGCGCAGACCCCGGUGAUUAAGCCCAUUCUGGCAGAGCGGAGUGACACAGCUGAUGGGGGGAAUGUCAAUCGCCGGAAAUGACGCGACGUAAAUUCCGCACAUGCGCAGAACCGAUCAUCGCGCUUGCGAAAUGGGCCUCGCGACGCGCCGUAGUUUAGGCGCGAAUUAUGAAUUGUAAACAGAGGCCAAAAAAGAAAAUGGAGGACGAGGAAGCGACAACGGCUCGUCAGAACCAAGACGCGGACACAAGUUGUCCAGAAAGCCUCACAGUUGAAGCAGGAGAUGCUUGCAAGGCGUCAGUCAAUGAUGAAACUCGGUGGAGUCGGCUAGAAUUGUUCGAUAAAGUCAUGCAUAAAAGCCUGGAGAAGUUCAUCGACUUGGCGAGUUUUAACAGGUUUGCCAGCAUGUUCCAUCAGCUGUACAAGAUGAGCCCUCGGAGGAUGGAAUGCAUCCAUAAGCAGUUUUUAGAAGAGUUGCGGAGUGCUGUAAAGGAUGAUAUCAGCACACUGAUUAAAGAAGGGAGACUUGAGGCCAAACUAAAUGAGCUGGACCAACUGGAGAGUGCUGCCAAAAACAACCCGGACCCUGCAUGGCGUCCUUCUGGCGUUCCAGAGCAAGACUUUAGCAGCUUCGUAAUGCCAUUUUAUCGCAAGCAGAAGGCUUACUUACGGCUGGAACUGAAGAAUAUCAAAGCGGAGAAUGCGGCCCUCGCACAAAAGGUUCGGGCUGGCAGGGAGAGGAUUGCUCAUACUGAACAUCUCAUUUCAGCUGCUGUUGCCGACUGGAAGGCAUCUGCAACUGAAUUUGAAAACCUUGCAUCUUCACUAUGCCCUGCAAAUGUUUUUGAUGUGUGAUUCUCCAAAAUGUAUUUGGCUGAAAUGACUAAUGUACCUGUAUAUACUGAAUUUGUUCGUUGUUCUUUGUGGAAUGAAAUACAAUUGAUUAAAGCGA